GAGAGAUGGCACAACCAUCUUCGUCCUGAUAUUAAGAAAAAUGGAUGGAGUGAGGAAGAAGAGAUGAUGUUAGUGGAAGCACACAAAAAGCUUGGGAACAAAUGGGCUGAGAUUGCCAAAGGGAUUCCCGGAAGGACGGAAAACGCCAUCAAGAAUCAUUGGAACGCCACCAAAAGGAGGCAGAUUUCCCGGAGAAAAAAGAACACGGUCGUGAACAAGAAACCAACCGUCAAAAAGUCACCCACCGUUCUUCAAGAAUACAUAAGGGCCAAGUGUCUCUUCCCCGCCAGCACCGACAGCAUCACCACCGCCACCGCCACCGGAACCCCCGUUUUUGACGCCGAAGAGGACGACCCCGACGGAAUCAACGAGGCUUCCUCGCUGUUGACCACUCACCGGACACAUGAUGAGGAGAUGACUUUCAUGGAAACCCUGUUCGGGAAAAACUCUCCUAGCAGUAACAGCAACUCGACGGCGACGGUCGACGACGGCCCGGUGGCCGGAAAUGGAACCAUCACUUCAGCACCGCCACCAAAAGCUCUGCAAGGUUGGGGUCCUGACUGUUACAUCUCUUUUUUGCUAGAUGGUGCUACGCCGCCGCCAUCUUCGUCGUCGUCUAACGGCUACGGCGGCUAUGAAGGGCAGGAGAUGGUUGGGUGGAACUGCGGCGGCCAUGACAGAUCAUCAUCAAGUGGUGGAGCUAAUAAGGAUAUUGAUUUGAUGGAGUUGAUAUUUCCUUCUCAUUACUCCUAAGCUAGUUGCCUGAUCAAUGAAUUGAAGCGUCCCAAAACCUUCAUAUCUCAUGAUCCAAUCCAUAAGUAUCAACAUUGUUAUGAUUAUACUAUUACUUAAUCGGUGUAGCUGCUAAUAUGCUGUGUUGUUGGAUGAUGAUUUCAGUUCUUAAGUAAUUAUAUUGUUGAUUUUAAGACAACUAAAUGAAAUUUGG